AUGUCACAAUCCAAACCAGCUUCCACCAACGAGAAUGGCAAUCCUCUUCCACUCGUUACGGUAUCAAAGGUUUAUAGUUACCUUACGCUUGUUCAGGCUGGUACGGCAGUCGUUUUUACGACCUUUUUAGUUACUCAUUUAAGCGCAACGGCCGUAGCUGUCAUCGGCGGUAUUGAACUUACUAAUAAGACGAUUGUUCUCGGUAGAGUGUAUUACCAAAAUAGAUUCUUGGAACCUAUUGUCGUGAUUGGUUCACUUUGGGGACAUGUACUCUCAGGGUUAAUCAAACGAGGAAUCAAACAAUAUUGGAAAUAUAAGAGACAAGAUGCACGUAAAUUAACCGGAGAAGUUCACGAAAAGGUUGAAAAAAUCAUAAAUGACGAGAAAAAUGAACAAGGUGUGACUGUUCGUAAAAUCACGACCAAAACUACUACGACCAUCACCGGAUCGCAUAUAUCAAGAGCUUUAGUAUUUCUGCUUCCAUAUCAUCGUUUAACUGGGUAUCUUUUAAUUCCAUGUGUUUUUAGCCAUGCUUAUGUUCAUCGUGUACUUCCAAGACGUCACUUUGGUGAUUCCUCGAUGAUCAACGCAUCAUAUGUUACACUCGCUCUCAAGAAAUGGCCUCGUUCAGCGUAUUUAGCAUUUACGUUGUUGAUCGGGUUAGGGGUUUACCAUAUUUGCAGCGGUGCACCUGUUGUAUAUAAGAUCCUGAAAGGUUCCAUACUAAAGAAUGGAGAUAAACAAGCUUCAGAAGUAACAAAGAAACGACUUAAGAUCAUCAGAAAUGGGGUGAUCGUUUCUUCGAUUGGAUUAUUGGCAACCGGACUGCUCGUUAUUGGAGGGAAAUUGAGACGUGAAAAUAUUAAAAUUCCUUUCCGUUCGGAAUAUUUGAAGGUUUAUGGACGUGUUUAUCCACAAAGUUGGGUGAGAUACUAG